UUUGUUAACGGCUUUGACGUUUGGUUUUCUUCAGCUAAUUUUUUUUCUUAAUGUUCUCUCUCUCAUGGCGUUAUUUGUGGAUUUAUUGGGUUUUGUUUUUGUCCUUCUGGGUUGUGUGCACUCGUUUUAGUUUAUUCCACUUGCUGGCCGUCAUACUUCCUCUGUGCCAUUUUUCUCUCCUGAUGAUCAGUUUUAUUUUCCUUUAGGUUUGGAACUUUGAGCCCAUAUGGUUAUUUUUGCCUAAUUUCAGGGUUUUUGGUUUAAAGGAUAAAUCUAGCUCCCUCUGUGUGUGUGUGUGUGUGUGUGUGUGUUUGGGUGAGUGAUAGAAAUUCCGUUUAAGAGGGGUGCUUAUUUUUGCAUGAUAAUGGUUAUAUGUGUUUGGAAUUCCUCCAGUUUAGCUUUCAUGUUGGUGCCCACUUCUUGCUAGUGGCGCCUUUACUUAAGGGUCAUGGGCCUUAUUCUUUCGCUUUUGGCGCGGCAACUGGAAUUAUAUUGUUCCCCAACUUUUACUGGCCAUACGAAUUCUUCUAAAACUAUAAGUGUGAAAUGCUUGGCUGUUCAACUUAGAGACUAUUCACGAGGGUUCUCUUUGAAAUAGUUCAAGGAGUAUUUCUAAAGGCAUUUCUUUAUUGCAAGAAGCUUAAUUGAAAGUUAGAGCAUCAUUUCAUAAAUAAGGGGCUGAGUGUUGCUAGCGGGAAAUAAAUACGCCAUGUCGCAUCUCAAGAAGGAAAAUGGAUUAGAGAAUCAGAUAUUCAAGUGGGGUACUAAGAGGGGAGUUGGGCGGUUGAACAAAGAGAUACAGUUUUAUGAGUCAUUUACAUAUGAUGGAGUUAAAUACUGUCUUCACGAUUGUGUAUGCUUUUACCGUGAAGGUGACUCUGGGACUAACAUUGGUAAACUUGUGCAAAUCUUUGAGACUGCAGCCCAUGAAAGGAUGGUGAGGGCAGUGUGGUUCUUUUGUCCCAAGGACAUACGCAAUUUCUUGGGAGAUUAUAAGCCAAACAGGAAUGAGUUAUUUUUGGCUUCUGGCAAGGGUAAAGGCCUUAGCAAUGUUAAUCUUGUGGAAUCAAUUGUUGGGAAAUGUAAUGUUGUUUGUGCAUCAAAUGACCAGAGAAAUCCUCAAGCAUCUGAACAACAGUUGGAAAUGGCUGACUACAUUUUUUACCGUUCUUUUGAUGUUGGAACAUGCAGAAUAUCUGAGAGCUUUGCAGAUCAGAUCUGUGGAUUUAAAGUGGAGCUUUAUUUCAAUAAAAGAAGAAAUCAGAUGCUCGGCAAUCAUGGAACUCUCGAGCCAAAAGUAAAAGAAUUGACUGGAAAAUCAAUAGUCUUGGAAAAAAUGAAUCGUCAUGCAGUAAAGGAUGGCAAGUCUGGACGCAGCAGCCCAGUGGUUAAAGAAUCCAAGACUCGUACAAAUAUGGAUGACAAGCAACACUUUUCAAACAAGCCCUACAAAUCGAAGUUCUCCGAGGAUCCCUGGCCUCCAAAUGCAUCAUGUACCCAUCCUUAUAAGAAGAGAAAGCUUCUGGGUGAAAAGGCAUGCCAAAUUUCUGAUGAAGUAGGUUUUGGAUUUCGACAAGAUAGUGGUGUAAAAACUGUCAACAAAUCUGUGCAGGGUACUCGAAACCUGGAUUCUCGACAAGGGAAGGAAUUAGAAGAAAUCAGAAACCAGCUGAAGAAGAAAUGUAACAAGUGACAUCUGGAAGCAUCAAGUCCAUGAGUGAGACUUUGCUCAGUUGAUAAUCCGAUUUCACUGUGGAUGCUAUUGCUUUUGCAUGAACUUGUCUUUUGUUUUUGUGAAUUCUGGUGGAUACAUUGGCAUACACAGGUGAUUUUGGGAAUUGUGGUGGACAGAUAGGCAUGCACCCGUACAUAAAAUGUGCAAAUAACAGAAGAUUUUCCUAUUAUUCUGCCCCCCAUUUUUUUUUGUUUGCCUGAUUAAAAGAACUCUAUUUAGCUUU